AAUAGUUUAAAUGAACGAUGUAAGUGGUCUAUACAGAUCACUUUGUUUCAGAGAAAGAAAAGUAUAUUUUAAUUAUGCUCGUUAUUAAUCUGAAAGUCUAUUGAUUUGAUAUCAUUUAAUAUUUGAUACAUUUAAUACACAGUCGCAUUAAUGGAAUGUUAGCGACAAUAAACUGCAUUUAUACAUGCAAAAUAAAUCAAGUUCAGUCAAGUUAUACAAAUAUUAAACUGAUGUACUUUCAGUUUCGCUUCCCUGCUCUCUUGCUGUAAACGCACCAGUCAAGGAAGUAGCCGCUUAACUCGGACUUUAUAGAUUACGAUAUAUCUUUCAACAUGAAUGGUUUAAAUAUGGAGGUAUCAGGGAGGAAAGUAUUUUGUAAAACAGAAAUGUGUAAGCCUUGUGAAGAACGUGAAUUAUCCACGCGCGCUGAUGGCUUUUGUAGUGGGUGUGAGGAGCACAUAUGUAAACCUUGUUUUGAUACACAUAGAAUAUGGAAGCUAAAUCGUGGACAUACAUUGGCCAACUUUGACGAGACAGUUGUAACGAAAGAACAGGCCGAAGAUUUAGAGAAAUGCGAUCAGCACUUCAGUGAAAUGAUAAAGUUUUAUUGCUUUCAACACGAGCAAGUUGGCUGCGGUGAAUGUAUGAUUCUUGAACAUAAAACCUGCAAAGUCGAGUACAUUCAUGACAAGGCGAGAGUGUUCAAAGGCAGCCAGGAGUUCAAAACGCUGAUCCAAGGAGCCGACAAGUAUCUCAGGGAAGCGAAAGAAAUUUCAUCCUCUAUUAAGAAAAACAAGAAAUUAGCUCAAGAUAUCAAUGAAAAGUUCCUCAAUGAUGUAAACAUGUUCAAAGAAGAAAUGAUUUUACAUGUCGAUAAACUGACAAAUGCCAUAUUAAAGCAAGGACAAAAUAUUAAGGCGACGGACAUGAAGAGUAUGGAUGAGUUAGAAAAGGAAAAUGAAGAUUUGAUGAUUGAAAUAUCUCGCUUGACUGAAAUUUUCGAGUCACAGACUGAUCAACCUCUAAAGCUCUUUGUAAGUUCAGUUUUACAAAAACCUAAACUGAAUCAACUUCGAGAACAACUUGACAGCAUGCAGGACAAAAACAAAAUUGAAAUUUACGAGUUCCAACGUAAUAACAACCUAGAGCAUUCCGUAAAAGAUGGUAAACAACUUGGAAGUAUACAAAAAAUCAAGGGGAGGAAUGAAACGGAUGUAAAAGGAGAAAUCAGACCAAAGAAAGGAACCCCGCUAGCUCAAGGCCCCGUGCCCAGGAAAUCCCAGCCCUUGCUGGACAGACAACUGAUUUGCAGAAACAUUGCUGUUGAUGGAGAAUAUCUCAGUUACGUGGAUAAUGGAAGUGGUGAUGUUGGGCUGUUUGUCGACAAGGAACGCGCAAAUUCUCAACAAUACUUUGAAAUAGAAAUAUUAAGCUUGGGCCAACGUGGCACUAUUGGUAAGAACAUAUUGUUAUGUCAUAUAAUUUGAAAGAUGUUGAUUUUCAUAUUUUUAGGACAAGUGUAUAACGUUUUUUUUCUCCGUUUCAAUAUAAUUGUGUGUUUAGUUUUGACUACUUAAAAUACGAUGAAGCAAUGACAAAAUACUUUUGUAACAACUUCAUCAAGCCUGACUGUUGUACACUUUAACAGAAAAAUGAAUUUUGAUACUACUGUUUAGAUAAAACAUGAUACCAACUGCAGAAAUAUUAGAUUAACGUUUGUAUGUACAUAAUGUAAAUGCAUUUACAAUACACAUGUGAUUUAUAAUUACAAUGCUAUUGAUUCUAUAUUUAACUUGAACUUAAGGAAAAGAUAUACAGUAGAGGUUUGUAUAUUCGGAUAUUCCCUUUUAUUUGUAUGUCUUUAUCACCUUCUGUCUAUUUUAAACGAACACAAUUUGAACAAUGUUUCAGAGAGAAAUGUAUUAAAUUUGAUUUUGCAACUUUCAAAUUAACAUUGUAACUAGAAGUUAGGUCCUUGUUUGGUUAUCUGUCAAUAUCGCUUUCUUUGUAAUAUUACAGAUUACAGUUUGUACGUUUUUCUUUCAUUGCCAUAUUAAAGUUUUAUUUUGCAACAUAUCACAUCGCCUGUGUGACUAGAAGAUACGGUUCUUGGUUAGUUAUUUGUGUAAAUCGCUUUCUUUGUAAUAUUACAGAACACAGUUUGUGCGUUUUUUUCCAUAGAAUAUCACAUCGCAUGUGUGACAAACAGUGACCGUCUUUCUUUUUUUUUUGUUAUCUAUCCGUAUCACAUUCUUUCCUUUAUUACAUUAUAUUCAUAUUUCUUUUCGGAAAAAUGUGAUAUGUAACAAUGUUUACAGCAUGAUGUAGGAAUAUCGAACAAGGCAUCUUCAUAUUUGAAGAGGUGUGCAAUUAUCAUUUCACACUUUGAGGAAUGUCAUUUUUAAUUUGAUACCGAAAUUAUAUAAGGGACUAAACACUUAUUGGAAAUUCCACAUGCUGGGUUAAAUGAGUUAUUAUUGAUAUAAUCAAUGAAAAGUAGAAUAUUACCAGUUAACCAACCUUUACCCUGCUAAAUUUCUAUAAUGGACUGGUCCAUCUUUCAAUUAGGACAGUACCAUGUAUUAUUUGAAGGGGUGUUCACUGAAAAUUUACUGACUGAAUAGCGAACAGUGCAGACCAUGAUCAGACUGCACGGAUGUGCAGGCUGAUCUUGGUCUGCACUGGUCGCAAAGGCAGAAUCACUUGCCGGCAGCAGGCUAAAGGCUAAAGACAUAACACAGGAAGGAUCUUCUUUUCCGUUAUUGACCGGAGGUCACACUCCGACUUUGCUGUAAUACUUUUAUUUUUUAAUUUGUUUUGUGAUAAUCUUUUCUGUCAAUAGAUAACCUUUUUGCAAGUAAAUAGCAUUAAGCGCCUAGUCAAAUUUAAUUGUUGCAGUCUUUAACUCAAUGCAAAUGUAUCAUAUCCAAAAGGAGAUAUGAAAAAUAAAAACUCAUGCGCAGAAAACCAAAAUAAACACAGUUUGCUUUAGCGGUAUUAAAUCAACAGAGAAUAUGAUAUAGUAUUAUAGUUAAACCAAUGAUGCAAUGGUGAAAUUGUAUUGGGAAUUUAUGUGUGGUAUAAUAAGACACAUUCAAUGACAGACAAUUGUAGUGUUAUAACAGUUUUUGCGAACAAAAUAUAUUACAGGUAAGUAGUCUUACUGAGAUACAAUCAUGAACCCGUGUAUCUUCUAUUUAUGUUUUCUAUAUAAAUAAAAUAUAAAUUAUUUUAUCACACAGCCUCAUAAGUAAUACAAAAAAAAAACAUGUAGAUAAGAUAUUUUGUGCACUUUUCAACGUCUUUAUUGUAAAGCCUUGAUUUUUAUUAAGUUUAUAUUGGAUCAAAUUAACUAAAGCAAAUUCUAAAAAUGUUUGAUUGCGGAGUCAGGACUGAAUGCUAUCAUUCAUGAAGUAACACUGUUGUUAGCUCACCUGUCACAUAGUGACAAGGUGAGCUUUUGUGAUCACCCUUCGUCCGUCGUCCGUCGUGUGUCCGUGCGUCCGUGCGUCCGUCCGUCCGUCCGUCAACAAUUUCUUGUCUGCACGAUAGUGGUUUCAUUUAUGAUUUUAUUUUAACCAAACUUGCACACAACUUGUAUCACCAUAUGAUCUCGGUUCCUUUCUUGAACUGGCCAGAUCCCAUUAUGGGUUCCAGAGUUAUGGCCCCUGAAAGGGCCAAAAUCAGCUAUUUUGACCUUGUCUGUGCAAUAGCAGCUUUAUUUAUAAUUUGAUUUUUACCAAACUGGCACACAACUUGUAUCACCAUAAGAUCUUGGUUCCUUUAUUGAACUGGCCAGAUCCCAUUAUGGGUUCCAGAGUUAUGGCCCCUGAAAGGGCCAGAAUUAGCUAUUUUGACCUUGUCUGCACAAUAGCAGCUUCAUUUAUGAUUUGAUUUUAACCAAACUUGCACACAACUUGUAUCACUAUAAGAUCUUGAUUCCUUUCUUGAACUGGCUAGAUUCCGUUAUGGGUUCCAGAGUUAUGGCCCCUGAAAUGGCCAGAAUUAGCUAUUUUGACCUUGUCUGCACAAAAGCAGCUUCAUUUAUGAUUUGAAUUUAAUAAAACUUGCACAAAACUUGUGUUGCCAUAAGAUCUCAGUUCCUUUGUGGAACCGGCUAGAUCCCAUAAUGGGUUCCAGAGUUAUGGCCCCUGAAAGGGCCAAAAUUAGCUAUUUUGACCUUGUCUGCACAAUAGCAACUUCAUUUAUGAUUUGAUUUUAACCAAACUUGCACACAACUUGUAUCACCACAAGAUCUUGGUUCCUGUCUUGAACUGGCCAGAUUCCAUCAUGGGUUCCAUAGUUAUGGCCCCUUGAAGGUCAAGAAUUGGCUAUUUUGGCUUUUGCAGCCAUAUAGAGACUUCAUUUAUGGUUUUAUUUGAUACAAACUUCCAAAUAUCUUCAACAACAAUAAAUCUUGGAUUCCAUGACAAAUCAGAUCCAAUCGUAGGUUCCAGAGUUAUUUUAUUAGCUCACCUGUCACAUAGUGACAAGGUGAGCUUUUGUGAUCACCCUUCGUCCGUCGUCCGUCGUCAGUCCGUGCGUCCGUGCGUCCGUCAACAAUUUCUUGUCUGCACGAUAGUGGUUUCAUUUAUGAUUUUAUUUUAACCAAACUUGCACACAACUUGUAUCACCAUAAGAUCUCGGUUCCUUUCUUGAACUGGCCAGAUCCCCUUAUGGGUUCCAGAGUUAUGGCCUCUGAAAGGGCCAAAAUUAGCUAUUUUGACCUUGUCUGCAAAGUAGCAGCUUUAUUUAUGAUUUGAUUUUUACCAAACUGGCACACAACUUGUAUC